UAGCGAGCGUAAUGCUAACGCGUUAGCUCGCCCAUUAACCACUGCUGUAGGCUGCCUGACUGUGGGCAGGUUAGCGUUGCCCGGCUAACGACAGGCUAAUGUUGGUAAGCUUGCUAGUUAGCUAACCAACAAUUCUCAAGUCAUUUACCAUCGCAGCACAGAAGCACUUGAGUAGAAGAACACACUACGCGGGUACACGACAGGUCUCUGGGUCGACACGGCCGAGCUGAGCAGCGUUGAGGAGGCCAGCGAGGAUCUGAAGUUACCUUCUUCGGACUGAGUUGUUUACAAACACUCUCAUGACUCCGCACAGACCCGAGCCCACUCUGCGGGGUGGGAGGGGACAGUGACGUCACACGAUGGAGACGCCGCCUGCUCCACUGGACGAUCACCGGGUCGAGAUCUCUUGUUUAGAUAUUUAUUUACACAAUAAACAAACGAGCUGGAGUGAAAAUACGAGCUGUGUUUACUCUGGCUGUUUGGGAAUCAGAGCUCGGACACGUUUGUCCGCUCCUUGUCCACACAGCCUAGAGAGGAGGGGGGCGGGGCUGGAGCUGGAAGCUUCCACAAGCCGGAAGAAGCCCACGCAGCGAGGAGGGAUGGAGAUAGACUGUCAGCCCGAGGAGUCCAUGGUCUCUUCAUUUGAUGAUGACUGUGUCAGGCUUGGUGACGUCAAGGACAUGAGACUGGAGGCAGAAGCAGUGGUGACCGACGUACUCUUUGCAGUCACAGUAAUGCAUGUGUCCUAUAGUCUCAGCAGUGCGUUGGACGUAGCCUACAUCAACGUGCAAACGAGAGAGGGAAACCGGUAUUGUCUGGAGCUCACAGAGGCCGGACUGAGGGUGGUGGGCUAUGCUUUUGAUCAAGUGGACGAGGAUUUGACCAACCAGUAUCAUGAGACGGUUUACUCCCUUCUGGACUCGCUCAGUCCGGGAUACAGAGAGGCCUUCGGGAACGCUUUGCUGCAGCGGCUGGAGAUGCUGAAGCAGAGUGGACGAUAAAGAAACGAAAACCAGGGGACUUGGAUGCUACAUAAGUUGUUCAAGUGAAACAGGGACUGACGAUGUUGGUGUAUUCGGACAUGAGCCAAUAAUAACCAGGUCUGGUCCAAGAUUAUAGCCUAUUAUGUGACAACCCCCAGCCUAACUACCACUCCAAUAAGGUGUACCCUGCCCUAUCAAGGUUGCUUUGUUCCGAGUUCAUAUCAUUGAAUGGCGACAUAUUUGAUACUUCAGAGUGUGCGGGGGAUUGCCUGUUGGUACGGCUCCAACAUAGUGGUGUUGACCUAAACUGUGGAGAGAUCUUCCAGCUUCCACUUGUUACAAGUUUGUAACUGUGCGGGAAAGAAGCAGCAGGUUGUACUGGUAGAAGUUCUGUGUCCUCUGCCCUGCCUGCACUAAACUGUGACCUGAUGAUCUCUGCUCUCACACACUCAACUCCUUCUCAUUCAGCAGGUGUCUCAGUGAAAGAGCCAAAGCUAUAUUCUCUGUGUAACUCAUUUUGCCUUAAUGAUCGGCUUUUGGUUUGAAAAGUACAAAAUGAACCCAUUAUGUUUUACUUACUGUCUGGAAGGAGAUCGAUCUUUGUGCGGCUGUCAUUUCAAAAAACGUAUUUGAAAGUUCUGAUGUGUUGUAAACAGACACCGUAUAUAAUAUUACGAAUUUAAUAGUGUUAUUUUCUCCCAUAUGGCAAAGUGCAUUAUAUCUCAAUCUUGUAUUCCAAACUCCUGUAAAAGUAAAGAAGCUCUUUGGAGGUUUAAGUUAAUUUUUUUUUCCUUUAACAUUUAAACUAUUUGACACAAUGCAAAUCAGUUUAUAUUCAGCAAUGAUUUCUGGAGUAUACUUUGUUGAUUUAUUGUACAUGUGACCUGGUUAUGAUCCCGCCUAGGUCUUUUCAAAUGUACUUUAAGUAAACUUGUACUUUCCAUUCAGUUUGUCCUUGCUGCUGGCCUUUGCUCUGAUCAAUAAAAUCUCAGAAGUA